GUCUUGAGAGGUCCCGAGAAUCGCAGAACCAGGCUCCCCCUCGCCAUGGGCCGCUACCGCAUCUGCGUGGCCACCGGGGCCUGGCUCUUCUCCGGGUCGUUCAACCGCGUGCAGCUGUGGCUGGUCGGGGAGCGCGGGGAGGCGGAGCUGGAGCUGCAGCUGCGGCCAGCGCGGGGACAGGUGGAGGAGUUCGAGCAGGACGUUCCCCAGGACUUGGGGCCACUGCAGUUCCUGAAGUUGCGCAAACACCACUCCCUGGUGGACAACGCCUGGUUCUGCGACCGCAUCACCGUGCAGGGCCCUGGAGCCUUAGAGGAGGCCGCCUUCCCCUGCUAUGGCUGGGUGCAGGGCGAGGGCGUGCUGACCCUGCCUGAGGGCACCGGUGAGGGGCCGCCUCAGGGAAGUGGGAGCAGGGACAAGGGAUUAGUGGGGGAGAGGGCAGAAUUGCACUGAGGCUUGAAAAAAUGCGUGCUCAGGAGGUUAAGGGUGGGCCAGAGAGAGAUGAGGAAAGUUAUACAUAGAAUUAAAAAGGCUGGAAGUGGGCCUGGACAGGGAAGUGAGUGAUGUGUACAUCCCUCCUCCCAAGAAUGUGAGCAGAGGGAAUGGGAGGUGCAGCCACACUGAGAAACAGAAGAGCCAAAGUAAAGUGGGAAGGAAUCUCCGUGUGACUGGGAACCAGUUAGGGCAGGGACAGGUAAGGCUAGCACAUGGGACCCCUGAGAG